AUGGCAUUCCGGACCCCAACGAAGUUUAAGUUACCUGAAAUCCUGACGUAUGAUGGAAUUAGAGAUCCUCGGGAGCACCUGCUUAGCUUCCAGGCUCAGAUGCAGAUUCAUGGAGCUGAAGAUCCUUUGAUGUGUAAAGCUUUCCUAACGACUUUAACUGGUUCAGCGCAAAGGUGGUGCAUGAGGUUGCCCGAGCAUUCUGUGAACAGUUUUGCGCAGUUGGCCGAGCUCUUCUUGACCAAUUAUGCUGCCUACUUGCGUCCUAAGAAGAAUUUCAUGUACAUGUUCAGGGUUAUGCAAGACCCUAAUGAGUCACUUAGGUCAUUCCUAGCGAGAUGGCAGAAAGAGGUUCACACAGUGGACGAUUUGGAUGAUAAGACAAUGUUAAUCUUGUUUAUGGAAAAUCUAAGGUUGGGGAAGCUGUAUACCUACCUCCAUACUGAGUGGUCGAGCUCGUACGCUCAAGCCAUUCAAAGAGCUAAUCAACAGGCUGACACAGAGGACACGACAAAGCAGAAAAAGAUCCAGGAAGGAGGGUCGUCCCGACUUAAAAAGCCUCGUCUAGAGGAACCGCGAACCGGAAGAUUUGAUAAGAGUCGAUUAGGCCGACAAGAGACUAGUCGGAACCCUGAAAAAACGGGUGUCCCAUCGUUUCACCAGCAGCCGAUCGCGGUUCAAGAAGUUCAAGCUCAACCUCUGUCUGAGAUACGACCGACUAAUACGCCCCCGACCGUUGGGUAG